AUUACUGAAAACUUUGCUCUGUGAAUUCUCUCUUAAGUUCUUUUUGCUCGUUUCUGAGAGUUCUUGGUUUAUUCUGAGUUGUUAUGGCGGGCAAAGGUGAGGGUCCGGCUAUUGGGAUCGACCUCGGGACGACCUACUCGUGUGUUGGUGUCUGGCAGCAUGAUCGUGUGGAGAUUAUUGCCAACGAUCAGGGCAACAGGACAACACCGUCGUAUGUGGCGUUCACUGACACGGAGCGUUUGAUUGGCGAUGCGGCCAAGAACCAAGUCGCCAUGAACCCGACCAACACCGUUUUCGAUGCCAAGCGUUUAAUUGGUAGGAGAUACAGUGAUCCAUCAGUUCAAAGUGACAUGAAGUUGUGGCCAUUCAAGGUUAUUGCUGGCCCUGGUGACAAGCCCAUGAUUGUGGUUAACUACAAGGGUGAAGAGAAACAAUUUGCAGCUGAAGAAAUUUCCUCCAUGGUGCUUAUGAAGAUGAAGGAGAUUGCUGAGGCCUACCUUGGCUCCACGAUUAAAAAUGCAGUUGUUACUGUGCCUGCAUAUUUCAAUGAUUCCCAGCGCCAGGCCACGAAGGAUGCUGGUGUGAUUUCUGGUCUCAAUGUCAUGCGUAUCAUCAAUGAGCCAACUGCUGCAGCAAUUGCCUACGGACUUGAUAAGAAGGCUGGUAGUAGUGGAGAGAAGAAUGUGCUAAUCUUCGAUCUUGGUGGUGGUACUUUUGAUGUCUCCCUCCUCACCAUUGAAGAGGGUAUUUUUGAAGUGAAGGCCACAGCUGGUGACACCCACUUGGGAGGUGAAGAUUUUGACAACCGAAUGGUGAAUCACUUUGUGCAGGAGUUCAAGAGGAAGCAUAAGAAGGAUAUCAGCGGAAAUCCUAGAGCUUUGAGAAGGCUGAGGACAGCUUGUGAGAGGGCUAAGAGGACUCUCUCUUCUACAGCUCAGACUACGAUUGAGAUUGAUUCUUUGUAUGAAGGAAUUGACUUCUAUACCACUAUUACCCGCGCAAGAUUUGAAGAAUUGAAUAUGGAUUUGUUCAGGAAGUGUAUGGAGCCUGUGGAGAAGUGCUUGAGAGAUGCCAAGAUGGAUAAAAGCAGUGUCCAUGAUGUGGUUCUCGUUGGUGGGUCUACCAGGAUCCCCAAGGUCCAGCAAUUGUUGCAAGACUUCUUCAAUGGGAAGGAGCUUUGCAAGAGCAUUAAUCCUGAUGAGGCUGUUGCUUAUGGUGCUGCUGUUCAGGCUGCAAUUCUGAGUGGCGAAGGUAACGAGAAGGUGCAAGACCUUCUGUUGCUUGAUGUUACUCCGCUUUCUCUUGGUUUGGAGACUGCAGGUGGUGUCAUGACAGUUCUGAUUCCAAGAAACACAACCAUUCCAACGAAGAAAGAGCAGGUGUUCUCUACCUACUCUGAUAAUCAGCCUGGUGUCUUGAUUCAAGUGUAUGAAGGUGAACGUACAAGAACCCGUGACAACAAUUUGCUAGGAAAGUUUGAGCUCACUGGCAUUCCUCCAGCUCCCCGUGGUGUUCCUCAAAUCAAUGUCUGUUUUGACAUUGAUGCUAAUGGCAUCCUGAAUGUCUCCGCUGAAGACAAGACCACUGGACAGAAGAACAAGAUUACCAUCACCAAUGACAAGGGCAGAUUGUCUAAGGAGGAGAUUGAAAAUAUGGUACAAGAAGCAGAGAAGUACAAGGCAGAGGACGAGGAGCAUAAGAAGAAGGUGGAGGCAAAGAAUGCACUUGAGAACUAUGCUUAUAACAUGAGGAACACGAUCAAGGAUGAGAAGAUUAGUGCUAAGCUUCCGGCUGCAGACAAAAAGAAGAUUGAGGACGCCAUCGAGCAAGCCAUCCAGUGGCUUGAUGGAAACCAGCUUGCAGAGGCAGAUGAAUUUGAGGAUAAGAUGAAGGAAUUGGAGAGCAUUUGCAAUCCAAUCAUUGCAAAGAUGUACCAGGGAGGUGCUGGUGGUGACAUGGGUGGAGCCAUGGAUGAGGACGGUCCUUCAGUCGGCGGUGGAAGUGGUGCUGGACCCAAGAUCGAGGAAGUCGAUUAAGGAGUUAUGGUUGGAUAAACUGGUGUGAUAUCAUAAGUGACUUGCUUUUACAUUAUGUUCCCCUUAUUUUUUUGUUUUGUGACGCAAUACUUUGUUUUUCCGGUGGCUGUUCUACCGGAGUAUGGAACCAUAUAAUAUGGAUGGUGCUUUGUUUCUGUAAUAUCGAUUAGGCACAUCUUAUUUUUGAGUUCCACUCGCAUUUGAUUAAAGGGAAAAGGGCAAU